AUCAAACCAGAUUAUCAUUAACUUGUCGUUGUUUUCACUGUCAUUAUCGACUUAUGUACCGAUAGGAGGAAAUGGGCCAGGCCAAGGUGUUGUGCGUACUUUGUCACAGGUCCGGGGAGACGAGGAUAACUGGACCUCUGGCGACUAAAGGGUGUUUGACGGCUCAUCAGAACUGCUUGCUUUAUUCCUCUGGCAUUUGUUGUGAGAAUUCACCAGAGUUUGAUGAUUUAUUUGGGUUUUCUGUGGACGAUGUGACCGAUGAGGUGAAACGAGGAACGAAACUGUGGUGUGACAAAUGUAAGAAAAAGGGCGCCACUGCUGGGUGUGAACGCAGACAAUGCAAGAAGUCCUUCCAUUACCCAUGUGCCAUAGAAAAGGGAGCUGUGGUUAUUGAGGAUGCGGUCAAGGGGAAAUAUGGGUUGUUCUGCUCCGAGCAUUGUCAGGCAGUCACAGAAAAUAAAAAACAAAGCACUGCCUGUAGACGAACCUCUUCCUUCAGAGAGCUUGAGAAGCCUAAAAACCACAGCAACGCUGCAUCACCUAAUCAGGUGUCUUGCCUUACAAGUCUGAGGCCCAAAGAAAGUUCUAGUUUUAAGAGCCUGACUAAUGGCACUGUUAAGUUAUCCUGUGAAAAACAUAAGUCUUCAUCGCAACGGGAGACGCUCAAAAGUACUGAUGCAGUGGCUGGAACAUCCAGCAGCAGUGACUUUCCUUGCAGUUUCAAGAGUUCAUCUUCCAAGAGACCGUCAAAUUCCAAUGGCAAAGAGGAAGAGUCUCCUCCCAAACGCAGACGUAAUGAGUGGAGUAGGAUAAUACCAGAUGACUCGGAUUCAGAUCAGGAUGAAGCUGCAACAGAGGUGCACAUGUUUGCUCCUUUGGAAUUGGACUUGGAUGAAAGUGCAAACUCAAAUCCAGAGCACCAAACAGUGCCUCAGAUUACCAGAAAUGAUGCUGAAAGUCCUAUUGCUUCCACCUCAGGAAAUCAUGUUGUGGGUCAAGAUGGAGGUGGACAUGAAGAGGAAGAUGAAACACUCAUACAUUCGGAUGCUGAGUCAGAGAGUCUCUUGCUGCCUGUGGUAAUCUGCAUGGAGUCAGAUACAUCCCAGUCAAUAGAGAGCAGCACUGGGCAGAAUCCUGGUACCUGCAAUGGCUCCAUCCAUACUGCUGGUCCACACACCUCCAGGCCCUCGAAUCCACAUGAAGACACCAACGGACUGGCUGACCCCCCUCCCUGUCCUAGCCACUCCAAUCCUCCAUGCACCAGCUCAGCCAUUUCAUCAGCACCUCCUGAAAAUGGCUGUGUACUCCCUCUUCACAAUCCCUCUCCUCCCAUGCCCACCCAGCGCUCCACUCCCUCUCCUGCAUUCGUUAACUCAAUCCCUGACCCUGAAUUUGACUGUGCCAGCUUCUGGAAAUGCUGCAACAAAGCCAGGUGUACACAGGCCAUCUUCUCUGACUUCAUCAGUGAAAUGAACAACAUCUCCAACAGGAUUCAGUCAGACCAGGCCAGCCAGGAAGAUUAUAAGCUUGCCCUGAGAGUGAUGAUGGCCUCUGGGAAACUGACUGAGCUAAUUGUCAAGCAGCAGGAAGAUUUGAAGCAGAAACAAAUGGAGCUGCAAAAGGCAGCAUUAGCCAUGGAGAAGGUCAUGUCAGCCUUGAAGAGUUGAGUACCAGGACAUCACCUACAACUUGUAAGACUUUUAAGCAGCACACAUUGUUGCCUUGGAUCACAGUGUUUACAUUUUUUUUAUUCUGUGAGCACCAUGAUUGCAAUUGUAACUAUUUUUACCAACUGUUUUUACUCUCUUUUUUUUGCUGAAAAAAAAAUAGGGUAGAUUGUUAAAUUGUAUUUUGAAAUGCUAAACAGUUACCUUCAAUGGUAAAAGGGGUUGGGAAAACUUUCAUUUCAAAACCUUUGUCAAAGGUGAAGUAUUGGAAACAGUUUUGUUUUUUU